GGGCUCAGUUCUGUUAUGAGGCUUUUACAUUGGUGCACCUUGGAGCCCGCAGGCCCUUCUAAUUUAGCUGCCAUUCGCUUUUCUUCUCCCAGCCGGGUACAGUCCAUUCGUAUCUUUCCGACAAAUGCAAUUCCUUUCUCACAAUGUCCAGAAGUCAUAGCUCGAACAGAACCAGAUUCCUUUUUCCUUGACGUGUAUUUCAAUGCUCAUCCCACUCAAUCCGCCACUCAGCCCGAUGCAAAACAGAAACAGAAGGCCCCAAAUGCGUUGGUUCCUACCAUCAUACCUUACUCCGGGGGACAAGUCGAUUUUGCAGUCAAUAUGGGUGACGAUUUUGCCACUCGACUAAUGAUAGUAUCCGGAAACUUUGAGAGUGUGUCCAUGGCAAUUUAUGGGGAGGUCCUUUUAGAACGGUCCCCAUCACCGGUCUUAUACCAACCAAGAAAUAUCUCUGCAGCAGAUUCCCUUCCUGCCACUUAUGGCCUAGAUCCUUCCAGCGCUCUGGAUCCAACAUUGGUAGCCAACCAGCUUCUAGAAUUAAUUCCCAAUGCUCCUCCACUUUCUCUUGUGAUACGUCUUAUGUUUUGUUUAAAACCUUCUAAUGAUGAUUGGGAACUCCCUGAGUUUCCUCAUCUAUACUCAGAUCUAGAUGAAGAGGAGCUGGACAUUGACCUUGAAUCAGCCUUCCGUUGCAUGAGUAGACCAGUGGCGGAUGACUCGCAACUGGAUUUCCUACAGCGUUUUGUCGAUAAGGUUGCAGAGGCCAUCGGUCCAAAGGACGACUCACAGUCAUACUUCAUGGCUGGAAUUCUCUGCCGUUCCGCUUCGCAGCAUCCUUCUCUCGCGCAAUUACUAAUGGAAAAUCUGGACCUUGAACAAGUAUUUGAUACAUCAAAUAUGGAUAAAGUGACCAUUCUUCGUCUCUGGGAUGCUUCAGCGAACUCGGAUAUCGCGAAGCAUCUGAACACGGACUGGUUCUUGAAUUUGUUGGAGAACAUCCAGAGUUCGCCCAUCACCGACCGGGAGACGAAGGAAGCCGUACAAAAAUUGGCUGAUAGAAUUCAUGGAUGGCACGCUUUCGAAGAUGCUUUGUCUAAUCCCCAGACAAACUAUAACGAAGCGGCUUCACUUAUGAAGGAAGUUGGUCUCGAAGAACAAUCAUUCGGUAUAUGGCUAGAAUCGGUGACCACACAUCAAGGUCUCGUCACAAAGCUCCAAGAUAACCUUGUUUUACCCCUCGGCCAAUCUCACCCUCCCGUUCUCCUACACUCGUAUUCAACCGCUGUAUCACACGAUGACUUUAUCUCGUUUGUUAGAGCAUAUAUUGGCGUCUCGUGUGUUCUUGCUGUAUAUGCUUGGUCUGACAGCCUUCCGAAUGAUCAAUGCCGGGAGAGAACUUUGGGUGUUCUGCGCCUUUGGCAAGAGAUUGACGGGUAUCGAGAGAUUGUAAAUCACCUCCUCCUUCUGCGUCAAAUGACUUUUCGUUUAGAGUGCAUGACAGCAGACAACGAUCCUCCAACGCGGUCCGGAAUUCAUGCUGAACAAAUUUUGCUUAAUCUGGCUAAGAAUCCACGGUCUUUUCUUCGAGACGACUUCGUGAAGUGUGUUCUAUCAUUGCGACAGCCACUGUCGUAUAUCAAUGAAGAUCAACGCCUCUCUAUCCGUAGCGCUGCUCUAAUAGCCGAUGAUGGUCUUUCAGCGGCCAUUGAUAUUUUGAUCAGGACUAACAGCGUCUCAUGGGACGCAAAUCAGAUAAGGAUAUUUCGUGUUGCCCUUUCUGUUAUCGGGAACCACUUGGAAAAUGAAGAAAUCGGGGAUUGGGGUGUUUUAGAGAGCGUUUGGACAGAAGAAACUCAUGGUAUCGCCAACUAUCUUGUUGACAUCCUAGUUAACGUCAGCAAAGAGUUGACAAGGCACCUUGCGCUGACGCAGCCUCCUCCUGUGAUGCAUGAAAUCAUCCACCAGCUUUUCCGCCUUUCAAAUGAUCUCUUUGCACUCAUCACUCAUUUUGGUCCUAUAUCCACAAUCACAAGCCGCUUCCUGCGCAGUCUUACAGUUGCUGUUUCUGAUAUCUUCGUAUGCACCGAUUCAGCGGAUAUAUCGUUUUCUCAAACAAGCAGUGCUUGUAUCGCCGCACAGGAGACAAGGCAGGGCUGUAUUGAUCUGGUCCGUGGUUUCACGGAGCUGAUUCCUUCGGCUGACCUAUGCAAGAACGGUUCUACUCUUAUGCUACGAACGCUACUAGAGCAAGGUUUACGCCCACACAACCAAGAUCCCGCUCGACAUGUUCUUCAGGUGUUUUGUCUCAUCGGCCACAUAAUGCCGCUAUCACCGGAUGACGCCACCGACGUGACGCCCUCUUCCUGGUUAAUGGUGAAUAUUCCUAGCGUUUUGGUAGAGUUAGGGGCAUUUUUUCGUGCGUUGGACGUCGAGAGUAAAGCUCAUAUGGUAAAGCGCCUAGUAAAUCUUGACCAGGGCGUUAUCGGCAUAGGCGAGUGGUUACUUCAAGAAGAGUUCGGCAUAGGCGAGUGGUUACUUCAAGAAGAGUUCACGUGUGUGGCCGGCUUUAUGCAGUCCCUGGAUACGACUGUAACGGAUUCACAUCAUUCAAUUGCACAACAUCAAGUCCUACUUAUCUUGCGUCUGACAUCGGAUCUUAUCACACCGUCUUCACAGGUUUCUACGUGGGCCAUCACCACUCUAUGCACAAGUCCAGAACUUUCACAUCUCUUAGCAGUUUGCAUGGUCUCAUUAUUGAACAGCAAUCUCUAUUCCAGUCACCAGGCACAUAUAGCCCAAAACCUGGCGCCCCACUCAGCGUCUGCCGAGUGCAGCCUAAGGAUCGCGGUUGUUCUUACUCUCUUUCGCGGUAUCCGACUUCACGAGCUUGGUUGCGAUAUUUUGGAGUCUGCCUUAGUCGUCCUAAGGUCCUUAGAUGGCGAAAAAAUCAACUUCGAAGAAUUGCAGUGGGAAGUAGGCUGCGCCACGUCCGCCAUCGCAUGCUCUAGUGACCAUCUUUCAUCACUAGACACGAAAGCUGCAGAUGCCAUGGUUCUCACUCUAAGCUGGCUUUUGGAAAACGCCAGCAUCGGCACUAGCGGUCUCUUUGGUAUUAGUGUGGCUGAAUGGGGUACUCUUUGUCUUGGCAUCGAAGACAAGGUAUCCCCUGAUAACGCCCCCUUACUGAACGCACUGCGAGAAAAAAUUAGCCCGAGGGUUAAAUCUCCUGUACUCACUUCUUUCAUUCCAGAAAGUCUGGAGAUAUCUCUACAAACUAUAGGGAUCCUGCUUGAGCCCCCGGUCCCUACUCCUUCUACUCCUAAACGAAAAUCCCCUAGCCAAGAUGUCCUCGGCCUUGUAGCAUUAUCUCCCCCGACUGCACUUUUACGCUCUCCUGCAAUAACAGGUUUGACAAAAACCUAUCUAAACAAUGAUUUCCGGCAGUUACGGCAGCUUCCUUCGGCGAGGCAGAAUACCAGUCGACUUCCGAGUAUGCACGUAGAUGAAUUUGAACUGAGUACAUCUGGAUCCUCCCCCACUCUGAUCCCCGUUCCCAACUUAAAUGCAGAAAUAUUCAACCUGGCGCCUCCAUUCAACAUUACACAAUAGGGUGUACAAUAAUGCAACAGAGACAAUAUACAGUGUAUAGAUACAAUGUAUAUGUAUGAUAUGGUGUAGCUUUAUUUUUGUUGUU